AUGCUCCUCCCACCGCCGAACAAGACCCUCAAGGGUCACAAGCUGCUCGUCCUAUCGCAGUUCCCGCUGCCGCAGCAGUGGCUCGACAAGGUGCACGCCGAGUUUCCCGACCUCGAUGUUGUGCAUCACGAGCUGGGCUGGGCUGACAAGAAGCCGGGAGACACGUUCAAACACGACGAGUGGAAGGACGUGACAAUCCUGCUGACCGGCAGCGCCCUGCCAGCAAUCGACGACGCGCCCAAGCUGCACUACGUCCAGCUCCAGAGCGCCGGCGCGAACCACAUACUCAAGGAUCCGUUGUUCAAGGAUACCGACGUCAGCUUCUGUACAGCCAACGGCGUCCAUGGACCUCAGAUCUCCGAAUGGAUCAUUACAACCUUCCUCUCAUUUCAACAUCAGCUCCCCACCUACAUUGACAACUACCGCUCCGGCCACUGGCAGCGCGGAGACGACUUUGUCGAAGACGCCGUCGGCCGCACAAUGUAA